UUUUUUUUUUCAUUUAAAACCUGAAGUCCAAAACCGGAGCAACAUAAAAAUGGGUCCUUUUUUUCUGUUCUUGUUCUUGUUCUCGUUCUUUCUUGUUUCUGCGACAGUUUCCUUGUCGUAUGAGCCUCGUAACCAUGAAGUGGUAGCAUUGAUAAGUAUAAAGAGAGAAUUGGAUGAUCCACAUGGAGUAUUGAACAACUGGGAUGAAGACUCUGUUGAUCCUUGUAGCUGGGCUAUGAUCACUUGCUCUCCUGAAAACCUUGUUUUUGCCCUGUCUGUUUCUUUUUUUGUGUGUUUUCAAAUGUAUGCUUGGUUCCAAAACAUUGUACAUUUAAGCUGCUGUAAUAAUGUUUUUUUUUUCAGGGGAGCUCCAAGUCAAUCUUUAUCAGGAACUUUAUCCAGGACGAUAGGAAACCUCACCAAUCUUCAUCAAGUGUUAUUGCAAAACAAUAACAUAUCUGGUGAAAUCCCAACCGAGCUAGGGACACUUCUAAAACUGCAGACAUUGGAUCUCUCUAACAAUCGAUUUUCCGGUCCAAUUCCAGUAUCAUUUGGACUGUUAAAUAGUUUGCAAUACCUGAGGCUGAACAACAAUAGUUUGUCUGGGCCUUUUCCAGCAUCUUUGGCAAAAACCCCUCAACUUGCUUUCUUGGACUUGUCUUUUAACAAUCUCACUGGACCUGUACCCCAGUUCCCUACUAAAACUUUCAGUAUUGUGGGAAACCCAUUGAUUUGUAGAAGCAGCUCCACUGAAGUUUGCUCUGGAUCAGCCAAUGCUGCACCCCUGUCAUUUUCCCUUGGCUCAUCAAAUGGGGAACACAGAUCCAAGAAGCUAGCAAUAGCACUAGGGAUCAGCCUCAGCUUUGCGUUUCUCAUACUCCUAGCAUUUGCACUACUUUGGCACAGAAAGAAGUGUAAAAGGCUGACAGUUCUAAGCAUUAUUGACAACAAAGAAGAGGGCCUUACAAGCCUAGGUAACCUUAGGAACUUCACUUUCCGAGAACUCCAGCUUGCUACAAACAACUUCAGUUCCAAGAACUUACUAGGCUCUGGAGGUUUUGGCAAUGUCUACAAGGGAAAGUUAGUAGAAGGUACGCUUGUGGCGGUGAAACGGCUAAAAGACUUGACAGGAAGUUUCGGAGAGUUGCAAUUCAGGACCGAGUUGGAGAUGAUCAGCUUGGCUGUUCACCGUAAUCUGCUUCGUUUGAUUGGUUAUUGUGCUACUUCUAACGAAAGACUCCUUGUCUACCCUUACAUGUCUAAUGGCAGUGUUGCAUCCAGGCUUAGAGGAAAACUAGCGCUAGACUGGAAUACGAGGAAGAGGAUUGCGAUUGGUGCGGCGAGGGCGCUUUUGUAUCUACAUGAACAAUGUGAUCCAAAGAUAAUCCAUAGAGAUGUUAAGGCAGCUAACAUUCUUUUAGAUGAUUACUGCGAAGCUGUUGUUGGUGACUUCGGCCUUGCAAAGCUCCUUGAUCAUACUGAUUCCCACGUGACCACUGCUGUCCGUGGUACUGUUGGGCAUAUUGCACCGGAAUACCUCUCGACUGGUCAGUCUUCGGAGAAAACCGAUGUGUUUGGAUUCGGAAUUCUCUUGAUAGAACUCAUUACUGGAAUGAGAGCUCUGGAGUUUGGAAAAACUGUUGGUCAAAAAGGAGCAAUGCUUGAGUGGGUGAAGAAAAUUCAACAAGAAAAGAAAGUGGAAGUACUAGUGGACAGAGAACUAGGUAGCAACUAUGACAGGAUUGACGUAGGAGAGAUGCUCCAAGUGGCUUUGUUAUGCACUCAAAUCCUUCCGGUCCACCGUCCGAAAAUGUCUGAAGUUGUUCGGAUGCUCGAAGGUGAUGGACUUGCUGAAAAAUGGGCUGCAUCACUUAACCAUAGUGAUCCCACCAUGAACCUCGUCCCUAGCAACUUGAGUAACAAAAGUAUCUCACACCCUACCAUUGGAUCGAAACAUGAUGGCAAAAGUCACGAUCAAUCGAGCAGCGUGUUCAGAACAGGAAUGGACGAGGACGAUGAUGAUGAAUAUUCUUUGGAUUACUAUGCCAUGGAGCUAUCUGGACCAAGAUAAGAUGAAAAUAAAAAAGAUAGAGGAUGAUGAUGAUAUAAGUUUAUAUAGUUAAUGGGUUUGAAAUGUAAAUAUGUCUCCUUUAUUGUUUACUGUUCUUUUAAUAGUUAAUGGUGCUUUGGUUGAUUUGUAAAUGAAAA